AUGCUUCCUUGCUCCCCUGUAUUGGUCGCGCUUCUGCUUGCAUCGCGAUCCGUGGUAGGCAGUAUCGAGAGUAGUUCCGGAGGUUGGCAGGGGAUAUCGGGUAGCGACUAUGGAACGGGACACGGGGUGGAAUUGGUCGGGCACGGGUUGUCCGGUUACGGGGGCGGUGGUGGUGGGAUCGGUCACGGGUUGUACGAGGGACACGUCCAGCAUCAUUACGCGCCGGCAAUACCCGUCAGCCAGCACGUGGAGAUUACCAAACCUGUGCCCGUACCCGUUGUUAAAAAUGUCGGUGUGCCAGUUGCUCAACCAGUGGCGAUAGGAGUUCCACAUCCGGUCGCCGUAGGAGUACCACAGCCUUUUCCAGUUCACGUACCGGUCGCGAAGCCGGUGGCGAUCCCCGUGGUGAAGACUGUGGCGAUCCCAGUGGAGAAAAAGGUUCCGUUUCCCGUGGAGAAGGUGAUACCUGUCCCGGUGGAGAAACACGUGCCCAUAACGGUGGAGAAGCACAUACCGGUCCCCGUGGAGAAGCCUUAUCCCAUUCACGUGCCUGUGUACAAACACGUGUUCCAUCGGGUCAAGUCUCACGGUUACGGGUGGACCCAUUAA